CUCUAGCCCCCUGGGAGCGCGCGACCCUCCUCUCUCCCAGCGCUCCUCCCCUCGGCCCGCCCCGAUCCCCGGGAUCCCGUGCCCGGAGUCGAGGGGCGAGGGGCGAGGCCGCGGGCAUGGACGCCGAGUACCCGGCCCUGGAGCCCCGCCUGUGCGGCGAGCUCAAGCGCCUGUGCCGGCGGCUGCAGGAGGCCUACGGGGAGCUGCGGGAGGACCUCGCCCCGCUCCGCGAUGAGCGCUUCUACAGGCUGGCGCCCAUGCGGCUCUACUCGCUCUCCAAGCGCCACUUUGUGCUGGUGUUUGUGGUCUUCUUCGUCUGCUUUGGCCUCACAGUCUUUGUGGGCAUCAAAGGGCCCAAAGUGAUCCAGACAUCGGCCGCGAACUUCUCACUGAACCACAGCAAGAAGAUGAAGCCCAUUCGGAUUCUGUCAAACCCUCUUUCUACAUACAACCAGCAGCUUUGGCUGACCUGCACAGUGGAGUUGGAGGAGCCGAAAGAAAUGUCCAUUCAGACCAGCUUCCCCAUGACGGUGAAAGUGGACGGGGUCACCAAGGAUGGAACCACCACGUUCAUCCACAGCAAAGUGCACAAUCGGACGAGGACCCUCACGUGUGCGGGGAAAUGCAACGAAAUUAUUGUGAUGCAUCUAGGCUACCUGAAUUACACACAGUAUACGGUGGUCGUGGGCUUCGAGCACCUGAAGCUCCAGGUCAAAGAGAUGAACUUUACGUGGAAGACCUACGACCCGAAAUUCUCCCAGCUGGAGAUCUGGUUCCGUUUUGUCUUCGUGGUGCUCACGUUCGUGGUCACUUGCCUGUUCGCACACUCCUUGCGAAAGUUCUCCAUGCGGGACUGGGGCAUCGAGCAGAAAUGGAUGGGCAUCCUCUUGCCGCUGCUGCUGCUCUAUAACGACCCUUUCUUCCCACUGUCCUUCCUGGUGAACAGCUGGUUCCCCGGGAUGCUGGAUGACCUGUUCCAGUCCCUCUUCCUCUGUGCGCUGCUGCUCUUCUGGCUCUGCGUGUACCACGGCAUCCGGGUGCAGGGAGAAAGGAAGUGUCUGACCUUCUACUUGCCCAAGUUCUUCAUCGUGGGUCUGCUCUGGCUGGCUUCAGUCACACUGGGGAUCUGGCAGACGGUCAAUGAAUUGCACGAUCCAAUGUACCAGUACCGAGUUGACACGGGAAAUUUUCAGGGGAUGAAGAUCUUCUUCAUGGUGGUGGGGGCCGUAUAUGUCUUAUACCUGCUCUUCCUGAUUGUGCGUGCCUGUUCUGAGCUGCGUCACAUGCCUUAUGUCGAUCUCAGGUUAAAAUUUUUGACUGCGCUGACUUUCAUGGUGCUUGUCAUUAGCAUUGUCAUCCUUUAUUUGCGGUUUGGAGCACAAGUAUUACAAGACAAUUUUGUAGCUGAGCUGUCAACCAACUACCAGAAUUCCGCCGAGUUCUCAUCAUUCUAUGGGCUGCUGAACUUUUAUCUCUACACUCUGGCCUUCGUGUACUCACCAUCCCGGAAUGCCCUGUAUGAGUCGCAGCUGAAGGACAACCCUGCUUUCUCCAUGCUCAAUGACUCGGACGAUGACGUCAUCUAUGGGAGCGACUAUGAGGAGAUGCCUCUGCAGAAUGGCCAGGCCAUCCGGGCGCAGUACCGGGAGGAGUCAGACAGUGACUGAGCUGGCCUGGCCCUGCCCACAGCUCAGAGACACUCGUUUCUGUGCAUCGCUGUGAAGGCAAAACUGAAACACUGAAACGGAUCGGAAUGUCGGGCCAAAAUUUCUUUCUGGAGCGGUAUUGGUAUUGGGAAGAAAUGGAGACUUGAACCAGCCAGAUCCUUCCCCAGACAUGUCCCAGAAGUUUGUUAGUUGUCACUGAGAAGAGACUUAAUGCAACAUUUUCUUUCUCUCUCUCUCUCUUUUUUUUUUUUUUUAUGAAUGAACUGAUCCCAAGUUCCCUGACCCCCAUGGCGAGGCGCAGGCUGGCAGCUGUGCUUGUGUCCUGCUUGCUGUUCCUGGCCCAGGGUCGCCCUUUUCAUUCGGAGCCCAUGGCCUGAGGAAGUCCUGUAGUCCUGGGUGCUUAGAAGCCUAAUGGGGCCUCCUGAGCCAGGAAAGGGUGGGAGCUGGGCUCCAGGGCAGGGCCUGUGCCUGUGGACAGUCACGGAGCCCCUUGGGCUCUUGGUGGGAAGGGUCCUGUACAAGCCCACUGCACACAGUCCUCCACCCCAGGGGAACAAGGCUUCUUUUUUUUAAUAGACACUAAACACAUGAUUGGCAUUAAGGGAUUCUAAAUGAUCACCAGGAAGUCUUCUAGGGGUGCAGUCAUGAACUCUGCCAAGGAUGAGCCUUGUGAAGGCUCAUCCAGGACUUGGGGGCCCAGCCUUGGUGCUCUCAUCCUGAGAGCUGUAGCUCCUGUCCCAAGCGUGGACACCUUCAGGAUUGUGGCCCUCCCUGCCUCCCCUCAACAUGCCCGGUGGGGGCAGCAGCUCUACUGUGCCGAGGCCCCGCCUGCCUCUAUGCACCAGCUCUCGCUUCCAGAAGUCUGCCCCAGAAAGGGCAUGCUGGGCCUCGAGCGUCGAGAUUCAUCCCGGGUUCCUGACACUUUACUUGAAACUUCCACAAGGAGGAACCUUUAUUAUAGGCCAUUUAUAUAUUUGUUUUCAAAAUCUUGUCAGUAUGAAUGAAGUAUAUUAUUGAAAGGUUAAGUCGAGUUUACAUGGAUCUUGCUUUUGCAAAGGUAUAAUCAUUUUUUUUUAUCUCAUGUACUCAGAGGUAUUUAGAAAACUUUUGGUACCAAGUUUUACAACUUCUAUUAGAGUACCUAUCGAUAAUUUUAUGUAAAUUUAUGAAUACUUGUGAUUAAUGUAUUCUAGUGUGCGAUAGUUUAUAAGAUCUUAUCAUUAUAAAACAAUUGUUCAUGAUUAUAUUAUUUAUCAGAAAUGUAAAAUAUUAAGUAUUUAGCCAAAUGCAUUAGAACUUUUUAAAUCUUACAGUGUAAUUAUAAACUAUGGUAAUCUUCAUACUUCAAAGAAUCAAGUUACUAAAAUGGAGACAAACUAUGGGACUAUUUAGUUUUUUUUAAUUAUUGGAAACCAGAUUACUGGAAGAAGUGUUUACAGGGGGAAAUGGUUGAGUCCUUAAAUCAUGCAUUUGCAGUUUCUCCUUCUUGGCCUAUCAUAUGUAGCAACAUGUUGCAUCCUUCAUGUGAAAUUCUGCAUAAAGUGGAUGUGUCAUGUAUUUGCAUGUAUCACAUGUUGUAGGCAUUAGGUUAAAACACUGAAGUCCGCCAAAAAGUUUACCCAGUUAGGAGUAAGACCAUCUGUGGGUGCCGCCCCCCCCCUUGUUAUCUAGAGUUUGGCAAACUUACACAAAGAGCUGACUUCAGUUCUUUCGUGGGAAUGGCUAGAAUAACAUUUUUGGGAUAAUUCCUUUAAUACUGACUGGUCUUGUCUAGGGGAACCUGGAAGAUGACCAGACGAACUUACAGUUCCCUUGGGAGAGCUCCAUUACCCACACAGGGAAUCGGUUGAUUUAUUAUUAAAUCAUGACUGUGGCAAAGCGAUGCUGUCUUCUCUCCCACCCUGUUUGAAAGGGCUGGAGCAGGGGACGUAGAAGUUAUAUUCAAGGGUUCUACGGUCACCACAUAGUCAUAGAUGCAAUAAGAGUUCCUGUUAAGUAAGCGCAGCCCAGUGAUCGGACAGGUGAGGAGCCAAGCGGCCCUGGCUUCAGCGUGCACAAGCGCCUCCCUGAAGGCCCAGUUCUGAGAUGGGUCAGAGUCAGGCCUCUUCCAGGGGAGCCACAGCGGUCCAGGGAAGGGGUCAGAGGCCUGCUCUGAACACACGAGCCAACAUGUAAGGGAGCUUCAGAUACCAUGCGGGUGUCAAAACCAGCUGUCUUAGAGGUUAGGGUCUUGGAGGAUCAAGAGGUGUCUUGAGCCUGUGACAUCCUGUUAUUCGAUCUCAACUGGACGUUUUCAAGAUACUGGUAACAUAUGGCCACACUAUGAAACAGCACUUUCUGCUACUGAAAACUGCCUUUUUACAGAAAUACUGUAACUAUUUGUAAACGAAAUCUGUACACUAGGUUCCAGGAGAACGAACUGUUGUAGGUCUCAGAAAUCUACCAUGGACUGGGUCCCCAUAUGGUAUACGCACACCUAGGAACGGUUUUCUUCUGAGACCUCCUUGCUGUAAAUGUUAAUAAAUUUUUAAUAACUGAUCCCUUA